GGACUCUGCUCACCCCCAAGCGCCGCGUCUUCGCGGGCGGGGGACCCCGCGGUGUUGUUCCGAAGGUUGACGCUGUACCGGGACUGCACUGACUCUACAGACCAAACGCGCAGAAUUUGUCUUUUCAAGACACGAGCCACUGCAGCUCCAAGUGUGAACCAGUGUCUCUGAGCCUUGCAGGGGCUCGUCCGCCCCGUGCCGGGUGUUGGCGGACCUUCGGGUACCGCCCAUCUCUGUCAGCGUCGUCGUUCGCGAGCGGUUCUGCUUGCGGGGCACCGGCUUGGAGAAGCGUCCGCCUUGGGCUCGGGUCGUGGCCCCGGGGUCCGGGGAGCGAAGUCGGGCUCCCUCUGCCCCUGCUGCCCCCGCUCGCGCUGUGUCUGCCUCUCUGGCUCGUCAGAUGCUAAAAGCUGAAGCGACUUUAUCUGAGCGGAACGACCGGGCGAGCGAGCACGGGCUGGGGCGGGGGGGGAAGGCAGACGCCCCCCGCUGUGCCGGGAGCCCGAUGCUGGAUCCGGGACCGCGGGAUCGCGACGGAGCCGAAGGCCGACGCUUCACCGACUGAGCCACCCGGGCGCCCCUUUUAUCAACGUUUUAAGCGAGAGGUUUUGCGGCAUAAUCCACGCUUCCGACUUUGUGGGGUUCAGUCACCCCAGACGUUCUCGGGGGCGGCCGUCACCAGCCCAGCUUCCCGCCCGCAGUUGAGGCGCUUCCCCAAGACCCCCCCCAGACGCCGAGCUCCGCCGCUCAGCCUCCCGCCAGGGCAUGGCGCGUCUUGUCCGGAGUGGUGCGCGCCCAGACCAGGGAUGUACAUGCAGGUGGAGUCCCGCACCAGCUCCUGCCUCCAUCUGAAGAGGGCUCCAGGCAUCAGGUCCUGGUCUUUGCUUGUUGGAAUCUUGUCGAUUGGCCUGGCUGCUGCCUACUACAGUGGAGAUAGUCUGGGCUGGAAGCUCUUCUAUGUCACAGGCUGCCUGUUCGUAGCCCUGCAGAACCUGGAGGACUGGGAGGAAGCGGUCUUCGACAAGAACACCGGGCAGGUUGUCCUGAAGACAUUCAGCUUGUACAGGAAGCUGCUGACUCUUCUCAGAGCCGGCCACGACCAAGUGGUGGUCCUGCUGAAUGACAUCCGGGAUGUGAACGUGGAGGAAGAGAAAGUCCGGUAUUUUGGGAAGGGCUAUGUGGUGGUGUUGCGGUUUGCAACAGGCUUCUCCCACCCCCUCACACAGAGCGCUGUCAUGGGCCACCGAAGUGAUGUGGAAGCCGUCGCCAAGCUUAUUGCCGCCUUCCUGGAACUGCACCACCUGGAGAGUCCCGUGGAGCUGUCUCAGAGCAGUGACAGCGAGGCUGAUGGCCCAGAGAGCCAGAGCUAACGCCCGGAGAGCCCCUGGCCUUGGUUCCAUGGGCCACUGGCAAGCCUUCCUCCAGCGCCCGGCUGUGUCUGGCCCCAGGGUGGGACCCUCUGCCAUUCCUGCUGUUUGCUUCUGCCCUCUGAGCAAAACCACAGGCCGGACCUUCUGCAGGCUCUGAGCUGUCCAGGGAGGGCACAGGCCUCAGAGCUGCCUCCUGGCAUCAGAGGGCUGGCCCCAGCCUGGGCAGUGAGGCGGGGGGACUCUGAGGGCACACGCACCCCACUGCCCACCAGCUGCGUGGGGAUCAGGUCUCUGAAGUGGGACACCCAGGGAGGUUCGUCAGUACCGGCUCCCCUGCAGUUCAGCUCCCCAGUGACAGCAAAGCUUCAGCAGGUAUGCACAGUGCCGGCAGCUGGGUCGCCAGGAGGACGCCCACACUGGUAUGAUGUCCCCGGGGAUCCCAAUGGGCCCUGCCCCACAUGCUGCAGCCCUUCCCUGGCUCAGUCCCCUGUGCGACUAGAGUGCGGUGCUUGCCCAGGGUCUGCAGGGCCCAGGGCGGGCGCUGAGGGUCCCACCUGGCUGUGUGCACUGCAGCCACUCCCAAGGCCUCCCCAGCCCGCACACAGCCCCUGACCAGCCGGGCCUGCCACUGGGCUUGCGCAGGGUCGGAGAGGCCCCACACAGGGCCUAGGCCAGGGUGGCUCCCUUAGGAAUCCAGGCAGGACUUGGGGCCCAGGGCUGCUGCAGGGGCCCCCACAGAGGUGAGGCAGUGAGGGCACCUCAGAGCCAGCACUCAGGAGCUGAGCCAGAACAGCCGGGAAGUGGGGAGCCCCACCCCCUUCUCCAGAGAGGCCGCCAACCCUCUAGUUUGGGGAACAGUCAUCGACACAUACCAGAGUUGGGUUUUAAGCGGUAAAACCUGAAAGCUUUCUUCUUCUAAAAUAAAGUGUGAAAUGCUGUCA